AUGGCCAAUAUGCCUUUAAUUGAGUUUCCAGCAGUCCUGUUAAACACUGCAACGGGGGAGAUCGAGUCAGAAUUCCACACCUACGUCCAGCCCCAGGAGCAUCCUGUUCUCUCUGUGUUCUGUACAGAACUAACGGGCAUAACACAGAAUCAAGUUGAUGAAGGGGUACCUCUACACAUUUGUUUAUCGCAGUUUUUCAAAUGGAUUCAAAAGGUACAAAAGGAGAAGAAAAUUGUGUUCAGCUCAGAUGUUCCAAGUCAUUCAGGGGCAAAACCAUGUACCUUUGUAACUUGGACAGACUGGGACCUGGGUGUGUGUUUGCAGUAUGAGUGUAAAAGGAAGCAGCUGCAAAAACCUGACUUUUUAAACUCCUGGAUUGAUCUCAAAGCAACAUAUAGGGCCUUCUAUAAUAGGAAGCCUAAAGGGCUAAGUGGUGCUUUGCAGGAUUUGGGGAUAGCUUUUUCAGGACGGGAACAUUCUGGGUUGGAUGAUUCUCGGAACACUGCCCGUCUUGCUUGGAGGCUGAUUUGUGAUGGAUGUGUGUUGAAGGUUACUAAAUCUUUGGGUAAGGUUAAUGUCCACGCUGUACCUAGCAGCAGCUCAAGGACUGAGUCACAUGCUCAAGCCCAAAGCUCUUUAACAACACCCACUGACAGAUUUCCUGUCCCUCUUGAGCAGGCACAGCAAUCUCACAGCACUGUGUCAACGGGUGUUCAGCAAGGACUGAACUACGGGCAGCCUCUGAGUGCAGCCAGACAUAGCCCUCCGGCACACGGAUCAGGACUAGUGCUCGUCUCCACUACCAUCUCCUCAGUUAACAUCUCCAAUGAGGAUAUCAGUACUAGUUCUGAUUGCUUAUCUCUGCUGACUGACUGGGAAGAUGUCGCUUUAAUACCAGAAUCUCAAUAUGAGCAAAAUUCAGACUGUGUUCAAUUCGAAGAUGACUCAAAUACAGGUAUUUUAACAGUGUUGGAAGAGAAAACAAUUUCAAAACAAUCGGCUGUGAUGAGUUCAGAUAAUCUGAGUUUGGAAAACACCGUAGUACCUGUGGAACCUCUGAAAUCUGUCGUUUACAAAAGUCCUGAUACUACUAUCUAUAAUGUAGGAACGGUACAAAGGCAGACUUCAAAUUUUUCAGCUUUUAAGUUACCAUCUGCUAAGGUAAAUGCCAUUUCAGCACAAUCAGCAUUAACUGGAAAUUAUUCUACUCCUUUGGAGGUUCCUAAAAGAAAGCCAACUAGUCCAAAAAUGUUCCCACCAGCAAAAAAACAGUCUUUUGCUAUAUAUCAAGAGAAAACUGCAUCUUUUGAUCAUUCCUUACCUUUAAGAAAUUCCAGUUUGCCGGAAGUGUCUCCUGCCAUUCUGAACUCCACAGGCAAUUUGAAUCGGUCUGUAAGAGCUGUGAAAAAUGGAAAACCAACUCCCCCACUGUGUAACUGCGGUCGAAGAGCUAAAAAACUGUAUGUGUCAAAUGCUGGUCCAAAUCAUGGCAAAGCAUUUUUUAGUUGUCCUGUUGGCAAGCACGAAGGUAAGAAGAAAGGCUGUGGAUACUUCAAGUGGGAAUAUGUGCUUCUGAAAGAGAAAUGUAAUUAUCUCACCCUGAAUGCAGAUGCUUUGACCUCUCUUGGAACUUACACUAGUAAUUUAGGAAAUUCUUCCAGCAAAAAAUACUUGUGUCUCAGACCCUCUAUGAGAACUUGA